AUGGUUGACUGCAUUACCAGGAACAUGAAGCCAUUGAAUGUUCCUUAUCCUCGUUGGCGUGGUCUGAUCUUGUCUCGAAAAGAAGGUUGUGUUGAAAUUCAUGGAAUUAUUAUUCCAAUUCCUGCCCUCUCCUCAAAAAUUAUCAAUGUUGCUCCAUCUCAGGAUGAUUUGCCUAUUACUGCAAGGAUGAAAAAGUGGAUUGAAAACCCAUAUAUGGUUGAAUCCUCAGACUCUAAAGAGGAUAAUUAUAAUGAUGAUGCUAGUAAUGAAGAAGAUAGUGAUGAUGAGGAUGAUAAUAAUGUUGAUGCGGGUGAUGAAGAAGAUAAUGAUGCUAAGAAUGAUGAUGAUUCAGAAGUUGUUAAUAAAGAAGGGUCUGAUGAGGAAGAAGGCACCAAUAAAGAUGAAGUAUAA